GAAUGAUCCAGCUAGCUGUGCCAAAACGGUUUUCGCCAGUUUUACUGCUCAACAUUGCUGUGCUCGUAUGACUCCGAGUCUAUGCCUGUCUUCGCAGCAUAUUCUCUCUGUUUUCGUAAUAGCGUAUGAUUGUUUCGAGAAAGUCAGUGGUAAACGACCAGUUUCGAGGAGAUUUGCAGUGACAUGCAAGAAUGGCUGUUCUCCAGUGGAGAAAAUUCAAUUUCUUCGACAAGGAUAUCGUGAAGGACCCCCAGUCUGGCCAAACUCUUGACAAGUUUAAGGGAUUUCGAAUAACAUGCUGGGCCAGUGGACGUGGCAACAUCAUCUGUGGAGAUGCCGAGGGUAUGGUCUUCUUUACAGACCAUAGCUGGACACUCAUAUCAUUUCCAGCCUAUCAAGUGAGAAUUUCUCAUCUCUUCCAGCUGAAGCAAAGCAAUAUCUUGGUCACUAUCGGAGAGGAUGAUGAAGGAAUUGCCCCGAUGGUGAAAGUGUGGAACUUUGACAAGCGUGACUCAAUGAACCUGCCAGUGUGUGUACGCAUGUUACGUGUAGCACCUGGCACUAAACCUGUUGCAGUAUCCUGCGUGGCAGCACAUGAGAACCUACAAGCAAUGGCUGUUGGCUUCUGUGAUGGUAGCGUGUUGUUGGUACGGGGUGAUAUCACACGUGAGCGGCACAGCAAGACUAGGGUGAUCCAUUCUGACAAGCAUCCCGUCACUGGUCUUGCUUUCCGCCAUGUGUCUGGCCAGACAGUUCUAUUUGUGGCUACAACAGACACUAUCACAUCGUACAACUUGACUCACAAAGAUUUCAGGAAUGUGCUCGACAUGCAUGGUUGCCAUGUGAACUGCUCCACACUAAGCAACCACACGCAGGACUUCCAGUUUGUUGUCGGCAAGAGUGAUGCUCUGUAUUUCUAUCAGCCAGAUGGUCGUGGCCCUUGCUUGGCAUUUGAAGGUGACAAGACACGUGUGUUGUGGUUCCGAAACUAUCUAGUUGUCGCCAGUCUGGACACGAAGACCAUGGCUAGACAAGGGGGCAUGUGCACAUUGACGAUAUAUGACAUUCAAAACAAAUUCACGGCAUAUUCAUCACCUUUGCCUGAGAUUGUUGACAUCGUUGCUGAGUGGGGAUCUCUCUUCAUCAUCUCAACUGACAACAAGCUGUAUCGAUUGGAUGAGAAAGACACUCAGACCAAGCUGGACAUGCUCUUCAAGAAGAACCUCUACCAGAUGGCUAUCAACCUAGCCAAGAGUCAGCACUAUGAUUAUGAAGGUCUGAUUGAUAUCUUCACCCAGUAUGGUGAUCACUUGAAUAGCAAAGGUGACCAUGAUGGUGCUAUUCAGCAGUACAUUCGUACCAUUGGUCAUUUAGAACCAUCCUAUGUCAUCAGAAAGUUCCUGGAUGCCCAGCGUAUUCACAAUUUGACUGCAUAUUUGCAGGCUUUGCAUGGUCAGAACCUUGCCAACAAAGAUCACACUACUUUGCUCAUCAACUGCUACACUAAGCUGAAGGAUGUUCAGAAGCUUGAUGAGUUUGUUAUGACGGAUCGCGAACUGAACUUUGAUGUGGAGACGGCCAUCAAGGUUUGUCGACAAGCUGGUUACAAUGAUCAUGCCCUCUAUCUUGCUAAGAAGUUCGAGGAACAUGACUGGUGCUUGAAGAUCUACUUGGAGUUAGAGGAGAAGGAUUCUGCAAGAAGGAAGGACAACUUCAUCCUGGCUCUCAAGUAUAUGUCUGGAUUGCCUUUGCAAGAGGCUGAUAGUUACCUGAAGAAGUAUGGCAAUGCUCUCGUGAAUGAGAUUCCACAAGAGACAACUGCUUUACUGAAGAGAUUGUGCACAGCAUCCCCUCCAGCUCCCGCGGAAGGUGAAGAGCAGGGCGAUGAGUUCUGUAUUCGACCAGAGGAGUUCAUUCACAUCUAUGUCAACCAGACUGAGUAUCUACUGGAUUUCCUGGAGUUCAUUGUCAAGGAGCAAGUUGCCUCGUCAAGUGUUAUCUAUAACACAUUACUGGAACUCUACUUGCACAGAGAUCCUGACGACACGCAAGAAGUGUGGGGACCCAAAGAAACCAAGGCUCUUCAGCUGCUGAAGAACUCAGAAGCCAAGUAUCAUUUGGAUCAAGCCAUGGUGCUUACUCAAAUGCACGACUUCACUGCUGGUGUUCUUUACCUCUAUGAGAAGGCUAAACUGUAUCAGCAAAUUCUGCGCUAUCACAUGGAUCAUCGCAACUAUGCAAUGGUCAUUGAGACAUGCAAGAUGCACGGUAACAAGGACCCUAAUCUCUGGCUGCAAGCAUUGUCUUACUUUGCACACACUGAUGAGGAAUGCCGUGAGCAGAUUGUGGAGGUCUUAGCCCAUAUUGACAAGCGUAAUUUGUUGCCACCGUUGAUGGUUGUUCAAACGUUGGCCAAUAACUCCACUGCGACGCUGGCUACAGUCAGGGACUAUGUCGUCAAACGCUUGCAGGCUGAGAAUGAGCUGGUGUCCUCCGAUGAACGUUUGAUUCGCCAGUACAGAGAAGAAACUGAGAAGACACGGGCGCAGUGUGAGGAACUCAAGACAAGUGCAAAGAUCUUCCAGCCAUCAAAGUGCAUGCUAUGCCGUAACCCUUUGGACUUGCCCGCUGUACACUUUCUGUGCUCACACAGCUACCAUCAACAUUGUCUUGAAGGUAUGAUGGACACAGACUCCGAAUGUCCACAAUGCCAGGAGAAGAACAGAAAAGUGCUUGAUAUGGUGCGUGCACAAGAGCAGAACAAGGAGUUGCACGAGCACUUCCACAAUCAGCUGGAGAGAGCUGCUGAUGGUUUCACGGUCGUUGCUGACUAUUUUGGACGCGGUGUAUUCAACAAGUUGACACUCGUGACAGACCCAAGCGGUGAAUAGCAAGCUAAUAGUGAGUGAUGUGUUGAAUGCAUUUACUGCUGCUGCUACCUUGAAUGGUGUAGCGCUUUUCUGCUACUCAACUGUUUAGAUUAGUGUUGUCUUAUUGCUGUAGUAUUUACUGAGAGUGCAUUUUCUCUCGUCAUCUUGUGUUCUUUGUCAGUCAGACUGUUUUCCCAUUGCACUGCUGCUGCCGUCGCCGCGCCGCCACUAGAUUGUUUUAGCUGCAUAGCUGUGUAGGGUAUGUCCAAGUUACUUCAUAAAACUGUCAACACGAUACUCAUGUAAUACAUCUAUGCUUUGUCUGAAAAUUCGUUCAUGACAUCAUCUUUUACUAAACAUAUAUUUUCAGGUUCUGUCUAUUUUUUUAUUCUUACUCUCAAGUCUCUUUUGCAACGAAAAUGUUGUGAGGAAUACGAAGAAUUUCACGAGCAAGUUGAUUUCCACCCAUGAAAUGUUUGUUUUAUUGCCUGUUAGUUUGUUUCUAUUUCACUGACAGGACUUGCGCACUCAGAUUGUAAAGCAAGCCUUUACUCAGCUUUGA